UGUAGCCGGCUACUUAUAUUGUGUUCUUCGUUGCCAAUCUGAGGUUUAAAAGACAAGAUGUCUCUAAGAACUCCUUACUAUUCAGACUAUAAUCCUAAUGAUGAUCGGCAUGCCGAUCAACAAUACCUGAUGCCCUCUAGUGGUAGAGGGCGUAAUGGUCUUCCAGAUUCUUUUUACAGAGGCGACACUAUGCCUCUACGACAUAUGUCAAGUAAUGCCAGUGGUGAUAUUCCUACUUCACAAAAGAAACGAAUAGGUACUUUAGAUGUCAUUAAUCCUAUGGAACAAGAAACAUUACUAGACCCAGGUCCUGUUCGACUGCAACCUGGAUGGGAAUCUCGAAAUGCACCAAGUGAUGAGCUUAAUUACAAAACCAUGACGCCGAAGGUAGAUUUUGACGGAAAGCCACCAGUAGAUAGGUUAAAUCUUGUUUUUCUGAUUUUUAUGUUGCAUGGUGUUGGUACCUUGAUGCCUUGGAAUAUGUUUAUUACAGCUAAGAGUUAUUUUGUAGAUUUUAAGCUAAAAAUAAAUGAAACAGAUGGUUCGACGGAAGAGUACAGAGAGCAUUUUUUAUCUUACCUGGGUGUUGCAUCACAAGUACCAAAUGUUAUUUGCAAUGCUCUGAACAUCUUUGUGCAGUUUGGGGGUGGAAGUGUGACAUUCCGUAUUAUUGGAAGCAUACUUAUUGAAAUUGUCAUAUUUAUUCUAACAGUUGUUCUAGCUAUGCUAGACUCUUCAUCAUGGGCUGGUGCUUUUUUCUACAUAACUAUGGCUUCUGUUGUCAUUCUUAACAUGGCUAAUGGAAUAUACCAGAAUAGUUUGUAUGGACUUGCUGCAAAACUUCCAAUGAAGUAUUCUAUGGCUAUAGUUCUUGGCUCAAAUACCAGUGGCACAUUUACUUCUCUCAUUCUUCUGCUUUCAAUUGCUGCUUUUGUCACACGCCGCUCGUUACAGCACAAUUUGAGGUUUUUCAAUAGGCAGAUCGAUUUGCACCAGAAAAAUGUGGAUGUUGCAAUUCGAAAUUUCCAAAGUUCCUUUUCUGUGAAGCUUAGUGUAUUUAAAUUGAUUUUUCUUUUAUUUUUGGCAAUUUACAUAGUAAAAUGUUUUGUUCAAUUCAAUUUUUCAGAUGCUUACUUUACUCCAGUUACAUGCUACCUCUGUUUCAACUUUUUUGCUAUGCUUGGGAGUUUGUUUCCUAAUUGGGUUAAAUGGCCUGGACCAAAAUAUCUUUGGAUACCUGUUGUUUUACGAAUUCUUAUGAUACCAUAUUUCAUGUUAUGUAAUUAUAAACCAGACAAAAGGCAACUUCCUGUGCUCAUAGAUAAUGAUUGGGCCUAUUUUGGAAUGGCUGUCGCUCUUGGUUUGAGCAGUGGAUACUACAGCAGUCUUGCCAUGAUGUAUGCUCCUGGGUGUGUGGACACAGAACAUGCUCCUAUUGCUGGGAUGAUUUCAGCAUUAUUUUUAGUCCUUGGCAUUGUGUGUGGAGUUAAUUUUACAUUUUUUGUGUCUUGGUUAAUUGAAACAAACUUAUUCUAAAUUUUUGAACCAAGUUCAGGAAGAUUCCCGAUUUCAGGUUAUGUAUGUGUACUUUAAAUUUAAAGAGCCUUUAUACAAAAACUAUAAGAAAACAAACUGAAAUGAAUUUCAUGACAGCCUUUCCUUUGUACUUGCUGUUUACAUUAACCUUAGACAAUUGUCUUCGUUACAAUGUGCAUUUUAUAGCAAAUUGAUGUUGCAUUUGUUACUUGUAUUUCAUGCAGAUAUAUAGUUUAUUGCUGUUUUUCUAAUCUUUAAUAUAAAAAAACUUUCUAUUCAUUGGAACAUUCAAUUUCAUCAAUAGGAUAUUGCGCAUAUUCAUUUGUACUUAAAAUAUACAUCAUUUUUCUCUUUCACAUUUUGGAGGUCUCUAGAAUUUUCAAUUUACAUUUCAUUUUGAGUUCAUAUAUGCAAAUAAACCUUAUUUUGUAUAAUUUUAUCUCUUUCAGUAUUUAUUGACCGUCCUUAGGAACAUUUUUGUAUGUCUUUUAUAUCAUCAGUGUGAUAAAAUCCUUGUGUGUUCUGUUCCUGUGAUACAAAAGGUUAUUCAUAAAAAUCGGGAUUUUCAAUACAAAAGGAAAAACAAACACCCUGUUAUCAACUGUGAUAGCAAUUUCAUAGUAUUUUGUUUAAAUUCAUGUAUUGUAAAAAAAAAAUAGUUUUUGUUCUUUUUAACUUAAGAUUUUUUUCCCCUCUCUUCAAUUGUAUUUGAGGCACAAAUUUGCUUUAAAAACUGGUAUUAAGUCCAUCAUAAAGUACUUUCUAACUUGAUCACAUCCUUAAAAAAAAUCAUUGUUUUGAAUUCCAUUUCUUCAAUUUAACAUGAAAUAUUUUUAUCUAGCUUUAUUACCCUGCAUUAAAAAGGGACAUAUUGAGAUUUAAACUACCUUUCUGCACUUUUUAUUGCAAUUUUGUGUUUUAAAUAGAUUUUGUCACAUUGUUUUCAAUCUGCAAGUAUCUCUACCAGUUUUGUAAGGAAAUACCCUUAAUUCAGACUGUUAAAAAUAGUUUUUGCAUUUGCUGUUUUAAAAAACAGAAUUUUUACUAAAUUCAAUGUUUUUUUUAAAAGUUGAAUUGCAUAUCAAUAACAUCUUUUUCAUUCAAGUGUUUGAGCUUUAUGUAUGCAUAUAGACCAAUGUAUUUAGCACACAACAUUAGCAUUAAUUUUUGUAUUUUUUAAAUAUUUACUUGAAAACUUGAUCAUUUACACAAUGCCUACAAAAAGUACAAAUUCCUUAAAUUACAUUAAAAAUAUUUCAACAUAGCAUAGUUUCUACAUUUUUAUGUGCUAAUAUUUACAAAUAACUCUUUUACAAAAAAACCUUUUUGCUCAAUUAUUGAAAGAAAACACAUGUAUCAAAUAAAAAUUGAUUAGUUAUGCUUUUAUACAUAUCUGUUACAUCCUACCUUGCAUUUCAUCAAAAAUUAUUUUUCAUGUGUGUUAAAUCAACAAUAUCCAAAAAUAUAGAAACUUCUUUCUUUUUUUAAUAUGUAGUUUGAAUGCGUAUCAGGCUCCAAAAUCAGAAACAAAGUAUUUUUUAUAAUAUUGAUAUCUAUGUGAAAAUAACCCUGUAAUAGAACGCAAAGUUUUGAAACAUUAUCUGGUUGCAUUUUCUUCCCUGCAAUAUGUACUACUUUGUUAUAUAAUUAUUUAUGACUUUGUUAUGCUCAUUCAAAGUGAGUAGUAAUUCAGAACGAAUAUUGUUCGUUAUUUUGUAGUGACUACUCAGGAUAUGUUAAUUUUUACUUUUUAUUUAUAUCAAGAAAUAAGUAAAUGUUAAAAUAGUAACUUUUGAUACUGAUUUGUUAGUUACAUGUUGAACUGCAAGUAAAAUAUGAAAGAUAUACUUUUGGUACUUACAUGUUCAAUAAACUAGUACUAGUCUCAAACAAUGGAUAUUUGUACCAUAAUAUAUGUAUGCUGAAAUAAAAGUGA